CGAAAAUUUAUUUCUGGCCCCUUUGAUUUUUAGGCUACGCCUGUGAAAUUGCCAAGCACAGUGGCGCCCCCGUGAACUCUAACGGUCAUAAAUUGUUUGACAGCGCUGUAGAGCGAAUGUUUUUGUUGAAAGAAAAGAAAUUAAAAGAAAUUAGUAAAUAUAUAAAAUGCCAUUUCCCCCGGAUUUCGACAUACUACUUAUUGACCUGGUAAAAGCCAAUCCCAUCCUUUGGGAACGGGAAUCUCGCAGUUCUCCCUACAAAGAGCGUCGCACUCGACACACGGAAAUAUGGAAAAGCAUAGCAACUUCAUUGAAGACAGAUGUUCUAACCUGCACAACGCGUUGGAAUAAUUUGCGGCAAAAAGUCCGUCGUGAGCUAACCAAAGAAAAGGAUGGCGUGGGGUCUGAUUGGAGUCUAUUGCGCAAAUUGCGUUUCCUGCAGCAGACCACAUACAGCCAUCGCAGCAGUGAGAGACAACAGUCUAACAAUAGGCAGCUUCAGCCGCCCAACAAUGUGAGUUGGUCAUCCCGGAAUGGUUUACAAGUGCAUGAUGAAGAUGAUCAACUGCAGGAGGCCAUGGAUGAACAACAGGCAGCAGCAUUACCACCUGCUGUUAUACCCAGUCAGACAAGUCAGGAGGCUAAUCCAACCACUGGUCCAUUUACCAUGAAGGUGAUAAAGAGGAUUGAGUCUCUCUUGGAGGGAUUGGGUUCACCCAAUCGUCAAAAGGCAGAGAAACGUAUUUUGACCUAUCUAUGCAAAUGUAAUUUGCGCUCCCUAAAUAAUGAAGAAAUCGAUGAUAUACUCCUUUAAGGCAUGUCACCCGUAUAUGUUUGUCUAUCUGUGUGUUGGUGUGUGUCUGCACAGGAGUGGGAGAAAAUCGAAUUCGAACCAAAAACCAAACUCCUACUACUAUGACGCAGUUAGUUGAAUUGGGGGAAUUGGUCAAAAGAGUGCGCGCGCAACCAAAAGCAAUAACAUGUCCAAUACACUAACUGUCUGCCUGCCUGCUGCUCUUCAAAAAAUGAAGGCGCGCGGGCGGUAUGACGCCAAAACAAGCAUUUAGUUUAUUAAUUUAAUGACUCUACUACUACAACGACGACGAAGUUCGACCACUUCCACAACAUUCACAUUCACAUAGAGCUAACUAGGCAUGCGAUAUUAGCGAAACGAAAACAUAACGAGCAAAAGGCGCGUCCUGUGCACCCUUAACGACAGUUCGUCUACCCCGCCCGUCUUUACUUACUUACAACACCGACCCGAAUCGAACCGUACCGAUCCUGCCUUGCCCCGCCUUCUCUCUAUUCCCCAUCACUAUCCCAAUACCAAUACCAAUACGAACUUCCAAGACUCUUUGCUUAUCCUCCGUCGUCUCAGUUAUAUGUCGGUAGCCUAUCUAAUGUAAGGCAAAUAGUAUAGUAUAGUGUACAAACUCCUACUACUACCACUUCCACUACCACAUACUAUUGCUAGAUGGGUACAAUGGGAAUAACGCCACCUUCUGACAGUUUGGUAUUAACACCAAAUUAUCGAUUGAUUUCACUCACAUCGCUUCGUUUACACAAAAAUCAAUAAAAUCCAUGCAAAGCCAAAAAAAUCAAAAUAUUGUACAGUUUGUUUAUAAAUACAGUUAACCAAAAAUGUCCAAA